CUGUUUAAAGAUGGCCACUCACGUUAGCUGAAGGGGCAAAUGCGUUUUGCAAGAGCAAAUACAAAUGAACUGAAAUUCAUAUAUAUAUAAUCAGAAUGGUUUUAAAAAACUUUCUUCAAUUUGCGGCGUUGGGUUUACGGACAUGCAGCGUAUUUUCAAGCGUGAAGCAGAGCAAUAGUACUUUACUGGGAUUCAAACAGGCGGCUCAAUGCUGCUCAUAUAUGAACUGGACGUUAGCAAGUAAAUAUAAAGGUGAUGAAACCCUUCCAGGUCAACCAGUGAGACGGUAUGCUCGGGCAGUUAGAAAGAAACAAGAAUUCCCAAGUCAGCUUCAGGACUUGCCUCCAUCCUUGCUAAAGCCUGAAUAUGCAUCCGUCCCACUUGCGCAAACGGUUGACGAUGUGGUGAAGAAACUGCUUACACUGGAGUUUGCAAAUCAUAGCGAAAAAUUGCGAAUAAAAGAGGAACAGCUUAUUGCAAAGGUGAGGAGAGAUGAGAAUGACCGCAGCUCAACAGAAGUCAAGGUGGCGAUUUUGACAGCGAGGAUACGUAACUUCCAAGAGCACUUGCACGAACACCCCAAGGAUAAAGCUAACAAAAGAUGGAUGCUCAUGAGCAUUGACAUUAGGAAGAAAAAGCUCAAGUUUCUGAGAAGAACUCGAUAUCAUGCAUUCGAGAAGGUGUGCCAAGAGCUUGGCAUCACUUACUCGUUUCCUCCUGAAUACUAUCGACGGGUCACCCGACGCUGGCUGGCCAAAAAGGCCUUCUGCAAUAAGGUCUUUAAAGAAGUCCAGAAACAAAGAGCAGAGCAGAAAGAGAAACAGAAAGCAGCUCUGGCUAAGGAAGAGGAGACAGAAUCAGGGUCCACAGAACCACAAGGAUCUGCUGGGUAGACAAGAUCGUCCUUCUGAGAACUCAGUACUGACUGUGUUCUGAUAAAUCCAGAAGAGCAUCUGGGUGGCAAUCUGAUAUGUUCUCUCAGUGUUUGAUUCAUAUGUGAAAUACCAAGAAAAUCAUCUAGGUCAACGUCACAUGAUGUCUCUGCUAGAAAAUGUUUUGAUGUUGUCAUUAUUUGCUUAUCCACAUGACAAAACAAGUGUUUGAAGCGAGAUCUGUCUUUUGUAGAUACACCAAAUAAAAGACCUCAUAAUUCA